UUGGUCAUUCUCAAAUUUCUACCUGAUCUAUCUAUACUCAUUAAUUUUAUGAGAAUAUAUAUUAAAUGAGACAAAAUUUAAAUCAGUAGUAUUUAAAAGUAGUAGUAUGAUUAUCUUAAUAUUUGGAAUAAUUUAUUUAAUUAUUAUACAAAUAUCCUACGGACAAAUACAUACAAAUCAAUGGUUGGUCCGAUUAAAACAUCAUAGUAAUGAUAAAGAUGAAUUGACCAGAUCAGCGAAUCAAAUCGCUAAAGAACUUGGUUUCAUGACAUUAGCUGAACAUAAUUACGGGGAACCAAAUGAAUUUGUAUUUACACAUUUAGGUUUACCUUAUGCACGUGGUACACCGAGUUAUUUACACAAUCGUCGAUUGAAUACACAUCCAUCUAUUGAACAUGCUCAACAAAUUGAAGGAUUUGUACGUAGAAAACGUGGUUUUCGUCAAUUCACUGAAGAAGAUAAUUUACGUCGAAUUCAUUUGCCAAAAGUAAGACAAUUAACAGAUCAAGAGAAACAAUUAAGUGAAUUACGCAAUAGAACAGAUCCAUUAUUUGAAAAAGAAUGGUAUUUACAUAAUAUUGGACAAGCUGAUGGUGUACCAGGUUUAGAUUUAAAUGUCUUAGCUGCAUGGUCACAAAAUAUCACUGGUCGUGGUGUGAUUACAGCUAUUAUGGAUGAUGGUGUUGAUUAUCUGCAUCCCGAUAUUGCUGAUAAUUAUGCAGCGUAUGCAAGUUAUGAUUUUUCCAGUAAUGAUGCAUUUCCUUAUCCUCGAUACACUGAUGAUUGGUUUAAUAGUCAUGGUACACGAUGUGCUGGUGAAGUGGCAGCUAUCGCUGGAAAUGGUAUAUGUGGAGUUGGUGUUGCACCAGGUUCUAAAGUAGCUGGAUUAAGAAUGUUAGAUCAACCAUAUAUGACUGAUUUAAUUGAAGCUGCAGCAAUGGCCUAUGCACGUGAUAUGAUUGAUAUUUAUUCAGCUAGUUGGGGACCAACAGAUGAUGGUACAACUGUUGAUGGUCCAAGAAAUCAAACAAUGCGUGCAUUAGUUGAUGGCGUAAAUAAUGGUCGUAAAGGUAAGGGAAGUUUAUAUGUUUGGGCAUCAGGUGACGGUGGAGAGAAUGAUGAUUGUAAUUGUGAUGGUUAUGCGGCAAGUAUGUGGACAAUAAGUAUUAAUUCAGUGACAAAUGAUGGUUAUACAGCUGUUUAUGAUGAAUCAUGUGCAUCAACAUUAGCAUCCACUUUUUCCAAUGGAAAAAGUUCAUUUCUACGUGAUGCUGGUGUAGGAACAAUUGAUUUAUACGGAAAUUGUACAUUACAUCAUUCUGGUACAUCAGCAGCAGCACCUGAAGCAGCUGGUGUAUUUGCAUUAGCGCUGGAAGCACAAAAAGAUUUAACAUGGAGAGAUAUACAACAUUUAACUGUAUUAACAUCAAAACGUAAUCAUUUAUAUGAUAGACAACAUAAUCAUAAUUGGACAAUUAAUGGUGCAGGAUUAGAAUUUAAUCAUUUAUUUGGUUUCGGUGUAUUAGAUGCUGGUGAUAUGGUACAUUUAGCUAAAAAAUGGAUUACUGUACCGGAACGUUUUCAUUGUAUUGCUGGUACAUUUAAUGGUCGUAGAAUUGCUCGUCUUGGACAACCAAUUCGUAUUGAGUUAGAUACGGAUGCAUGUAUGAAUAGUUCAAUCAAUCAAGUUAAUUAUUUAGAACAUGUUCAAGCUUUUAUUACAAUUAAAGCAACACGUCGUGGUGAUAUCACGCUAUUUCUUACAUCACCAAUGAAUACAACAUCAAUGCUGUUAAGACGUCGACCAAAAGAUGCUGAUAAUAUUAAAGGUUUCACUAAAUGGCCAUUUAUGACUACACAUAUGUGGAGUGAAAAUCCUCGUGGUAAAUGGUUACUUACAAUUGGUUUAGACGUCAAUUCUAAAGAUCCAUUGGGUUAUGCCAUUCUAACUGAAUGGAUUCUUGUUGUACAUGGGACACAACUACCACCAUAUGCACAUUUAUCUGAUUCCAUGAUAAAAAUCGCUCCAAAAUUAGGAAUAGUUAAAAAACAACAUGCAACUAAACAAUUUAUUAUUUAACAUGUUCAAUGGAAAGAUUGAUCAGUCAUUUUAACACAUCUAAUAUACAUAUAUAUAAAUGUUGUUGUUCAUUCUUUUCAAGCACAUCAAAGUUGAUAAUUUCGAUUUUUUUUGCGUGUGUUUUAAUGCAUUCAUUCUCACAUUCAAUGUGUUCAAUGCGGUACUGUGAUGUUUAAGUCGACCAAUUAAUUUUAACUGUUGUAAAAUAAACGCACACACGCAAUCAUUUCCAUGAUUCUUUAUGCCUUUCAUCAUCAUCAUCAUUUUCGUGAGUAUAUUUUGACAUGAGAUUGCAUAAUUUGAGUUUUGUUUUCUUGUGCUCAUAAUCAGUCAUAAUCAUUCAAUGUACAAGAUUGAUUUUUUUGUUUAUGUCUUUCUGAACAUGAUGAAUAAGUACAAAAAUGGUUUAUUUUUGUCGUUUCUUUAUUUGUCAUUUGUGAUUCAUUCAUUCAUUCAUUCAUUCAUUCAUUGUUCAAUUCUUUUAUUCUCAGAAUUCAAAUAAACAGAUUUUAUAUUUGAUUUCAGUAGUAUAUUCAUAAACACAAAAAAAAUUAUUCUUUCUAGAUGUUGUCUUUUAGUGAUUACAAAUGUCUUUUCAAAAUAUUUGUGUGUACCAAUGUGUGUGUGUGUCUGUCGGUGUGUGUGUGUAACCGUAUGUAUUGAUUGUCAGUUGAAAAUAAACUCUGUAUUUUGAUGUA